AGUCCUUCUCACUUAUCGCACCUUUUGUUGAAACAUCAGGAUGUGAUCAAAGUAGCCAUCUAAUGUACAAAAAAAAAUAAUCUAAACUAUCUGUUUCAAAAUUGAAUAACGAAAAAAUCCAAAAAAUAUAUUUCGUUAGACAUGGGUUGUUUCGGCGGUAGCAAAGCUAAAAAAGAAAAACUGUCCUCUCAAACUAAAAAAUGUCAAAAAACUAAACCAAAACCGUGGUCCAAAGAUGACUGGAAGAAACAUGGCCGCUACCUAAAUCAACUAUCCACCCCUAAGAAAAACUAUGCCGAGGAGAAACUUUAUCAGGCUCCGCAACCCCGAAAGGUCCCGCUGAGCGCUUUGAAACCCCGCAUGGAUAGCUUGUCCCGGCCGAAAGCGGUGGCCUCCUUCAAGCACGAUUGUCCAGUGGGUCCCGACAAGUGCCAUUGCCACGUUGCGGACCCGAUCCGGAAGGUACCGGCCAAGGCGAAAAGCUACGUCGCCACCAAACGAAUAACCAAACUAAGCCAACCGAAACUGGACUACCAGGAAAUGGUCCGUUGCUUCCCGAUGCAACGGGUUAUGUGCCUCAACAAACGCAUCCUGGUUCCCCGUUCCAGCUAUCGGAUCAAGAAGCUGGCCAUGCCCAAGUAUCAGCACCUGUGCACACCGGAUCGCAAUCCAUACGGGGUGAAACCGGAAGCUUUGCUCGCCAUGGCCAGCCCCCGCACCAUGGAACUUGCCCAGCCGAAAAGUUUCUCCUGGGCAAACUGAACGUGACUUUGCAAAUUAACGGAGAGUUUAAAAUAUAAAUUUAUUUUCGUCUAACGAAA